AUGCUUAAUAAUAUGGGGUAUGCCCUAAGCCAGGCCGCCAGCGAGGUGGCCGGCGCCAGCGAACCCCCUAGUGGUGGUGAGAUCCCUAGCGGCAGUGAGGCUGGCAAGCAGGUGAAAUCUAAUCAGAUUUUAGGGAAUGUGGACUUCUAUGUUAGGGAUAAUUUUAUAUUUUACUAG